AUGGAGCCACUACAACCUGGAAAAGCCCUGGGGUCACAGCCGCUUUUGGGAGGGCCCCUGGGAGCGUCCCAGUGGACACCACCACUUCUGGGAACUCCCCUACAGGCUUCGCCGCCCCUGGGAGCCCUUCGGGGCGCCAUCGCCCCUAGAAGGGUCCCUGAGAGCGCUGCCGGUCUGACCAAGCCCCUAUGGUUAUUGGCUCCCAUAAAAAGGGCCCUUGGAGGCGCUCCCGCCCCUAGGGGGUCACCUGGGGAAAACCCUGGGGGCGCCACCGGUUCUGGGAAGGCCCCGGGGUCGGCGCCUUCCCUGGUAGGGCUUCCGAUACCCCUGGGAGGGUCCCUGGGGACGCUUUCGCCCCUGGCAGAGCCCCUCAGGGAGCCACUACAACCUGGAAAAGCCCUGGGGUCACAGCCGCCUUUGGGAGGGCCCCUGGGAGCGUCCCUGUGGACACCACCACUUCUGGGAAGUCCCCUACAGGCUUCGUCGCCCCUGGGGUAA